CUAGAUCAACUGAUUUUUGUAAUUAGAUUCAAAUUUCAAAUAUAGUAUUAAAAUACAUAUACUGAACUGAAAAUGAAUUCAAAUUCAGAAGACUGUGAAGUGUUUUUCCCAAAUUUUCAAACGAAAAUUAUUAAAAAAGAAAAAGAUCAUCAGGGUUGGGUGUAUAACUUGAGAGUCAAUAUAUCCUCAAAAGAAGAUGCACAAAAAUGGCUCCAAGAGUUUUCAGAAAACACGAAAACCACAUAUAGAGUGAGGAAUAGCUUUGCUGAUAAUACAGCAAAAAUUGUGUUUAAGAAGGAGUAUCGGUGUAUCCAUAACACAAGGCCAGAUACACAUAAGGUUAAGGCCCCUCAUUCUAAACAUACUGGUUGUAAUGCAAAAAUUAUAAUAACUGUUAAGCAACAAAAUAUGAAAAGGAGUAAGGAUAUAUAUUUGUCAGAGUACCCAGCAGAGAUAUUUUUAAAGUAUACCCACAACCACUUAAUACUAGUCGCAGAUGCCUUACGACAUAGGACUCCCUCAGAUGAUAUAAUAGAAAAAUUUAAAAAGCUGUUUUCCAAAGGACAUUCACCCUCAUCUGCAUUAAAUAUUUAUAAGUCAGAAUUGCAAGAGGAGUAUGAAGAGGACUAUUAUAAAAUUGUGGCAGAUGGGUCAAAAUGUCCCACACGUAGAUGGUGCUAUGAACUGUAUUAUAAAAUGUUUAAUAAACAAUAUGGUGAUCCUUCUGGAAGUGAAAUGGUUGCUUCUUUAAAAUUGUUCAUCGAACAAUAUAAUGCAAAAUGUGGAGAGCAAUGUGCAAUUAUGUCGGAAGAUGUAGAAAAUCUAGUUGUGUGUAUUUGCUCACCACUAAUGAAACGAGUGCAUAAGUAUGAAAGAUCAUCGGGUGAAAUUAUGUUUAUCGACUCGUCUGGUAACAUGGAUAGGCAUAACAGCAGGGUUUUUUUAAUGUUAUGUCCCACAGUUGCUGGUGGGUUACCUGUAGGAAUUAUUAUGACGUACAGUGAGUGCGAAAAUGUUAUAACAAAAGGGAUAAAUCUUUUUAAAACUAUUUUAAAUACUGAUAGUUUUUACGGAAAUUCAUUUCCAAGUAUUAUUAUGACAGAUGACAGUGCUGCAGAAAGAGCUGCAUUAAAAACAUCUUUUCCAAAUUCCACUCUUUUGUUGUGCAAGUUUCAUGUGCUUCAGGCGAUAAUGCGUUAUUUAUGGGAUAAUAAACAUAAAAUUCAUGUAGACGAUAGGCUUCCAAUUUACAAAAAUUUUAAUAGUGUGUUACAUUCACCUUCUGAAGAUGAAUUUCAUGAGAAAGUAAAGAGUUUUAUGGAAUGUGAUAGUGUCAAAAAAUAUCCCAAUUUUGUAAAAUAUUUCGAAAACUUUGUUAAAAGGUCUCCAGAAUGGGCACUAUAUUAUCGUUCUAAUUUAUUAACUAGGGGAAAUAAUACAAAUAAUUUUUGCGAAGCAGGUUUUAGAAUUAUAAAAGAUAAAAUCUUAAAUCGAGUCAAGGCUUUCAGUAUAGUACAAAUGUUCGAUUUUUUAACAAGCAGUUUAGAAAGUUAUUAUGAGAGAAAAAUAAGCGAUAUAAUAAACAACCGAUCAGAGGGAGUUAAGAAAUCAAAGCAUUUCAUAAGUGAUGAAAAAAUCGAAAAUCUUAAGUGUAUUCAAAUUGACCUGAAUAUGUUUGAAGUAUUGUCUGGGGAUAACAAAUAUUUCGUCAAUUAUAGUGAUGAACUUUGUUCAUGUCCGGUAGGAAGUCAAGGUGCUCCUUGCAAGCAUCAGCUUGCAGUUGUAAAACAGUUUAGUUUGUCAUCUUCACAAUUUAUACCUUUUGCAGAUCCCCCAGCAAAAAUAAUCCUGUUUAAAAUUCUUUAUGGAAAAUCACCUGAAAAUGAAGAAUGGUUUGCCUCCUUGACUAGUUCAACAGCAAAUAAAUCUGAUGUUUCCCUUGUCAAUAAGACCCUUCCAUCACAAAUUCCCUCAAAUAAUAGUGAGGUAGAGUUACCACAACCUAGUUGUAAUGUAAAUGUUGAUGAAGGGUGUCAAAUGAUUCAGGAAGUAUCAGAAUUAUUUAAAGAUAAGUUUAUGAAAAAUCCUGAGCUGUAUUUCGAUGCUAUCAAGAAAUUUCAUGAACUUGCAACUAAUGCUGCUAAAACAGAUUCAGCUUUAAUCUCAGGAUUACACACAUUUGGAAAGUAUACGGGAGCUGGUAAUCCUCUGAUAUCAAAAAAGAAAAAUCUGCAAGGAGGCAACCGUAUAGGAGUUCAGCCGACAUCCAUUUCCCGCAGGAAAAGAAAAAUAUGUGGAAGAUCACUUUCGAAUAGUGGCCGACCCCCUAAAAGACAAAGGCUGGAGGAUCAUGCAUAUCCCAAAAUAAAAACUUCUACAAAUGUCUCAUUAAGAGAGAAAUCAAAUUAUAAAAGGACAAGAGCUCCUCAUUCUUUACAAUUUUGCGUAGAAAAUAAUAUCAAUUUGGGCAAAUAAUUUGUCAUGGUAUUUCUUAUUCUUUCUUUUAAUGGUAUUAUAAUCCUGGAUGCAGUUUUGCCUGUUUGACUAUUUCUCUAUAUUAUGUUCAUGGUUUUCAGAUUGUCUUCAAUGUUAUCUAACCAUCUUAUUCUGGGUCUUCUUCCCUUUCAGCUACUUGCUGGUUCCCAUUGUAAAAUUGUCUUUGUUGAUUUUGGGCCUUCUAACCUCUGGACAUGACACAGCCAUGCCAACCUCUGACUAUACAUAAAUCAUACAAUAUUGUGCCCUUCGUUUAGUUCAUUGAUCUCAUCGAUUCUUCUGAUUCUCCAAGGACCAUCCUCCUCUUGUACUGGUUCAUAUACUUUUCUCAAAUAUCUUCAGUUUUUCUUCAUCUUGUUUUGUCAUUACUCAGGACUCACAUCCGUAGGUUACUACAGGUCUAAUAAUUAAUGUUUGGUACCUAAAUAAUUUUUUUGGAUCUUCUGUCUAAUAAUGUUAAUGUCUUUGAUCUGUUAUUAGCAUGCUAUGUGUGAUUUCCACUAGCAAUAUGUGGGUUAAUUUCAUUGUUCAUGAUAUUCAUCUGAUUGAUUUCUGUGCCUAGAUAUGUGAAUUGACACCCACACAUGUGAGUGCCACUUGUUCGAAGGAUUUGUUUAUAGCCAUAUUGUUUUCAUUAUCAGGCGUUCUUUUGACAGUCAUAUACUUGGUAUUUAUCUCAUUUAUUUGAAGUCUUUAUUAACACGUCUAUAAGAUGUUUUUACUCCUGCUGAUGACUACAUCAUCUGUAUAUAUGCAGUUAUUUGUAUUUACUUACCUCUCAUGGUACUUAUGUGAUAUAAUCAAAGUACCCUUUAGUCAGCAAUUAGGUAAUGUUAUCAUUUAAAUUGAUAUUGUUCUCUGAAGUUAAUAUUUUGAAAUGUUUAGAUGUCAGUUUGAUUAAAGGUUUAAUUAUGUAUCAAGUAACUUUGUGAAAAAAUAAGAGUUCAAUAAGUAAUUCUACAACAUACAAAAAUAAGAUUUUUUUCAUAAAAAUUUAGUGUUGUCCGAAGAACCAACGUCUUCAGAGUCCAGAUAAUUAAUAAUAAUAAUAAUAGACAUCCCAAUGAGGCCAGCCAAGACUAUGUCGACAAUACAGCAUCGAACUAUUGGUUGACAAUUACCUGAAAUAUAUCGUCAAAGACCCUCAGGUCCAAAACGACAAAUGUUGAUAUGGAUGUCGUCGCAGAAACCAUCCAACAUCUUACAGGGGGCUGCCAGGAAUUCUCUGCAACUGAAUAUAAGGAACGGCAUGACUCAGUGGGAAAGAUCCUUAUAUACAUAUUAUCAAUACAUCCCUGAGAGUAUGCUUAAGAACGACAACUACAAGCUAUACUGAGACCUCACUGUACUCAUAGACCAAACAGUGGCCCAUAAAUAGACCAGAUCUCAUACAAGUUAAUAAAUUAACAAGACAAACAACACUAAUUGACGUAACCAUACCUAACAACAAUAAUCUUUUACUGAAAAGAUCGCCAAGUACAAGAAUGCAAAGUACCCAGACAAUACCUAUUAUUAUGUCUACUACUACUGGAGUCAUUCCCAAGAACCUCCUCGAAAGCAUAAAAAGGCUGGGUCUAAAUGAAUAUCUUUACAAGACCAUGCAGAAAGCUGUACUACUCACAACAGCCAGAUGUGUACGAAAAUUUUUGGGAGAUACACCUGCAUACCAAGUCACCUACAGGGCUCGAUAACAUGGAAAGAGUCCCACCAGAGCUCAAUCCUUUUGAUACCGUACGUAUCUGGGAUGAGUCAAUUUUCCUCUUAAAGGGGUGUGAGCCAUAUGGCUAAAUAUGAUAAUAGAUAGCUUUAUUCUAAAACACAACAAUAUUAUUAGGUACAUUAAUUUAAUGCAUCUUAUCUUUGUUACAAAAAACUUUUUUAUAAUUCCCAAGUUUAAAGUUGUAUUCUUUUUUAACCUCCAGGUGACUUUCCGAGAAUCUAUUAUCAGCCCGACUUAUUAUAAAGAGAACAUCUAAGCAAUUUUUACACUCUUUCACAGCUGGAUCAAUAAUUGUUGUUGGAAGUUGGGUUUAUUUUUUAGAUUUGACUUUGACUUUUUUUAAUGGGAAGCAUAAAAAAGUUGACACAAAAGCAUCUCAUUAUAUAUUCACAUUAUUUUGAUAUUUUGGUCUUGAAAUCUACCUGUAUAAUUAUUUUAUGAUCUCCCAUAGCUAUUGCACUGUUGCCUGUUGCAUUUUGUUGGCCUGUGACAUCAUUCUGGUAUGUAGAACGUUGGCGUAGGAUGAAUACAACGUACAGGACUAAGUAAAAUCAACAAACCUGAUUUUUUUUAAAUAUCUAACUUAUUUUAACUACUGUAUGCAAGUAACCACAUUUUCAAAAUUUUGAACUGCUAAAAUUUUACCCUUUGCUUUAAAAUUAAGUGGUUUACUUAUUUAAUUAAGUGGUUUACUUAUUUCUAGGAUUCACAUUGAGGAUGGUCAGUUUUGACCAAAAACGUUUGGUGAUAUUCCAUAAUCCAUUUGAAUAAUGUUAAAAAAAAUUAAUAAAUUUAUAUAAUAACAUUCAACAGAAGUCUUUACUUGUUUAUUAUAUUGUACAUAAAUACACUCAUUGUACGGCAUAAUAAUAAUCAUACUUAUUGUAAAUGAAACAUUAAUGUAUAGUCGAAAAAAAAUUAAUAAAUUUAUAUAAUAACAUUCAACAGAAGUCUUUACUUGUUUAUUAUAUUGUACAUAAAUACACUCAUUGUACGGCAUAAUAAUAAUCAUACUUAUUGUAAAUGAAACAUUAAUGUAUAGUCGAUUCGCUUUUCCGAGACUCAACUGUCUAGUGAAGUUAGUAAUUUAUUUUUUUGGUAAAUUAAGUUGUCAGGAAAUUAGACACAAGAUGACUGGAAAUUACUACACAACCACACGUAAUUGCUCUUGCCAAUAUUAUUAAUAAUAAACACACAUAAUAAUAAUAAUAUAUUUAUUUAUUUAUUUACGGGUUUCCCCAAUUUAAAAAAAAAAUAUACAUAUAUAAACAAUAAACAAUAAGUAGAAGUAAAAGUAGUAUUAGUAAAGUCCAGUAAAACAGUAAAAAAACUAAAAAUAAAAUAAAAUGAAUUAAAUGAAAGUGUGACAGCAUAAAACUGUAGUAAGUACAUUACAAUAAAACUAAAUUUAACAUACACACAAUCCACGUUAUGCAGUGACAAUACAUAAUAAUAUAAUAUAAACUGACAUUAAUCAACUAACUACAGACAAUAAAAAAAUUAACACAUUACAUAAUACAAAAGCAUUAUCCAUGGCAAAAAUUAACAAAUCCACUGAAAAUAUAAUAUUAAAUAUUAAACAUAAGUGCUGACCGGAAAAAUUGAUUUUAGUUGGUUUUUAAAUACUCGACUGGAAGAAGAGAAUAAAUCGAUGUCCAAAUCAUUCAGGCGACUUAAAGUUCUAUCUAUUGGUGAGUUAAGACCAUAGUUAGUUGAAUGAUGAGGUACAUGGAACAAGUUAUUAUUUCUCAGAUUAUGGUUUGGAAUAUUAAAGUUUAUUAAUUUUAAUAAAUCAGGACAAUUGAUUUCACUAUUUAAUAGUUUAUAAAUAAAAGCUAGAUCAUUUAUAAUUCUACGGUCUUUUAAGGAGUGCAAAUUGAGAUCACUACGGAUGAUGGUAUAGUUGUGGUUUAGUUCAAUAACAUUAUAUCCCAAUCUGUAUGCUGCAAAUCUUAAAAACUUAUUUUGAACUCUCUCGAGAAUAUAAUACUUUAUUUGAAAUAGGAUAACCUAAUAUAAACAUGCUAAAGUACAUAUAGUCAAAACAAUACAAGUAGGUAUUGAUAUAGUCCAUAACAUAAUUUAAAAAGUAAAAAACUAAAACUAAUUUAAAAUGUCAAUACCUAAAGCCACAAACAUUUGAUAAUUUAAAAUUUAAAAAGUAAAAAACUCAAACUAAUUAAAAUGUCAAUAUCGAAAGCCACAAACAUUUGAAUAAAAUACCAAUGCGAUCAAUGCAAGCACAAUAAGUAUACAUAUAAGGCAACACAAAUACAUUCAACACAUCUUAUUCUCUAUAAUAUAUUUUUUUUAAACUGUACUUGAAUGUAUUAAUGUUUCUACAAGUUCUUAAAUCGAGAGGUAGUUCAUUAUAUUCUUUAAACCCUUUGCAAAUUAAAGAUUUCAUCAUAAAGCUAUUUUUAAACUCAACAAUAUGUAGAUUAUUUGUACCCCUUGUAUUAUAAUCAUGUACAUCUCUCUGAAAAGAAAAAUAUUUUUGAAAGUAAGAUGGAGCCAACGAGUUCAAUAUUUUAUACACAAAAACCAUGGUUAGGUAAUGCAAACGUUGACGAACUGACAACCAUUCAAGUGAUUUUAACAUAGUCAAUAUUGGCGUUAUUCUACUAGUUCUUAAUAUGAUGCGCAUCCCUCUAUUUUGAAGUUUUUGUAACUGACUAAUUUUAUUAAGACUGGACAAAUAUACAAUCGAUGCACAGUAAUCAAAGUGUGGCUGUAUUAUUGUAUUAUAUACAGUUACUUUAGUCUCAGUCGACAGAUUUUGAGCUAUUCUGGUGAAAAAGUACAAUUUUUUUGAAAUUUUUUUACUUAUAUACUCAAAAUGUCCAUCAAAUGACAGCACGUUAUCAAGCUGAAAACCUAAAUAUUUUGCCGUUUUUACAAUUUUGAUCUCUUCAUUGUUAAUGUGUAAAUUAAUCAGAUUUAAAUUUAUUAAACUAUACUUAUGUUUAGUAGUAAAAAUAACAGCUUU